AUGGCUUCCAAGAGCUUCUUUCUAUCCGUCGCGUUUCUUGCGUCGCUGCAAGGCGUUCAUGGCUCUAUCUUUGGAGAGUCAACUCCAAAAGUCGCUGCCUACUUGAAUGGUGGUGGCCAGGGUCUCGCAACCUUUUGUCAAAAUCCCAACGUUGAUAUCAUUCAACUAGCAUUCGUGGACCAACUUGAUACCGAGCCACAGUCAGCAUCACUCGCAGGCAUUCAAAGUUGGGAAAUUACACAAUGUCAAGCCCAAGGAAAAACAAUCCUUGUCUCGCUCGGAGGAGCAACCUACCACCAAGCCGAUCGACAAGGCGGCUGGAGCACACCCGACCUAGCCUCCCAGAUGGCCGACAAACUAUGGAACAAAUACGGGCCCGGUGCCAGUGCCAGCGGGCAAGGACCCUGGGGUACCGCCGUUAUCGACGGAUUCGACUUCGACUUCGAAGUGCCCAUGUCCAACCUCCCCGCCUUCACCAACCGCCUCAUCGCCCUGAAAAACAACGCUGGAUUGAAGAAACCAUUCUACCUAACCGCCGCUCCUCAAUGCCAAUGGCCUGAUAAGAACCUCCAAACAGUUCUAGACUCCAACAUGGGCGCAUUCGAUGCUAUUUUCGUCCAGUUCUACAAUAACCAAGAGUGCGGUAUCGGUGCUGGCUAUCAGCGUCGUUCUCAGGGUCCAUCGGCCCGUCGCUCUGGGCUUCUUGGGAACUUCAAUCUUGCUCAUUGGUUGAACUUGGCUUCGCAGAGUAGUGGUCCGGCUAAUAAUAACUACAAUCUCGCUGUUACGACUGCUCCGGGGUCGGGUGCCAAGUCAAUUAAGCCGAAGAUCUUUGUUGGAGUUCCCGGUGGUACUGCGGGCACCGAGACGCCUAACAGUGGAUAUGUGGAUGCGAAUACCCUGAAGCAAGCUAUUGAGUCUGUCACUGCUGGUGGGAAUGCGAACUUUGGUGGUGUUUCGAUUUGGAGUCUUCAGGUUGCCAUGAGCAAUGGGAAUUUCUUGGCAAAUGUUAAGAGCAUAUUGACAAGUUGGAAGUGA